AUGCUGCAGAUUUCCAAGAAAUUCACACCAUUCUUUAUUGUAUUCUUCAUAGCAUUUUCUGUUGUUCUCAUCAUGCACUCAAAAUCAAGUUUCUUUCUCUUUGAGGUGUUUACAAGUGACAAGAUGCAAUUUGUUGGAGAAAAUAAAAAUGCUCACAACAUUAAAAAUGUUACAACCAAUGGAGGAACAGUUCAGAACAUAUCUGUUCACAACUUCAAAGGAGCCUAUAACAAUGUCGAAAAUAACACCGCGUCAAAGGUGGAAGAAAAGUUUGAAAAUGGCUCAUUGAUAAGUUCCACAAAUAACAUAGAGAAAUUUCUUGAUGGACUUCUAGAUUCUAGAUUUGAUGAACCAUCAUGCAUGAGUAGGUAUCAUUCUCACUUAUACCGCAAAGCUUCGUCUCAUAAACCUUCUUCAUAUUUAAUAUCGAAACUACGAAACUAUGAAGAAAUUCAUAGAAGGUGUGGACCUAAUAGUAAAGCUUACCACAGAAGCAUGACAAAGAUUUUACAUUCCAAGAGCAUUAAAGAUGAUGCUGCUAUGUGCAAAUAUCUUAUUUGGAAACCAGCUAAUGGUUUAGGGAACCAAAUGGUUAGCAUGGUUGCGACAUUUCUAUAUGCUCUCCUCACAAAUCGAGUGAUGCUCGUAAGUUUCGGGAAAGACAAACAAGGUCUAUUUUGCGAACCGUUUCUGAAUUCCACUUGGCUAUUACCAGAAAACUCUCCAUUUUGGAAUGAAAAUCAUGUUGAAACAUAUCAAAGCAUGAUAGAGAAGGAAAAAGCUAACAAUAAUUCAAAUCUGGAUUUGCCUUCAGCACUUUUUCUCAAUCUACAAUACCAAAAAAAAAUUCAUGAGAAGUUUUUUCAUUGUGAUGAUAGUCAAGCUCUUCUCGUUAGGGUUCCUUUGUUGAUUUUGCGAUCAGAUCAAUACUUUGCACCUUCUCUUUUCAUAACGCCUUUUUUCAACAACGAACUUGAGAAAAUGUUCGUUGAAAAAGACACAGUUUUUCACCAUUUGGGACGCUACCUCUUCCACCCUUCAAAUUCAGCAUGGAGACUAAUCACAAAUAUCUAUCAAAAACACUUGGCUAAAGCAGAUGAGAAAAUAGGCCUUCAGAUAAGAGUUUAUAAGCCUACCGCAACUCCACAGCAAGUAAUUAUGAAUCUAGUUUUAAAUUGCACACUAGAAAAUAAGCUUCUUCCAAAAGUACUUGAUAUAAAAAGUUCAUUCUCUUCUAUUGGCAAAGACAGAGUGAUUAAGAAGGUAGUUCUUGUGGCGUCUUUAAAUCCACAAUACGGUGAGAAUUUAAAGACGAUGUAUAUGAAUAAAUCAACAACGGUUACAGGUCAAGUAAUAGAAUUUUUUCAACCAAGUCAUGAAGAGCAGCAAAAAUUUUAUGAUAAUGAGCAUAAUAUGAAGGCUUGGGUUGAUAUGUACUUGCUAAGUUUAUCUGAUAUAUUGGUUACUACUUCUUUGUCUACUUUUGGAUAUGUUGCUCAAGGUUUGGGAAACUUGAGGCCUUGGAUUCUUUAUAAGGUAGUAACCAAUAAAACUCAUUAUCCAGCUUGUGAAAGAGAGUUCUCAAUGGAACCUUGUUAUCAUUCUCCUCCUAAGCAUUUUUGUAGUGGUAAGCCUAUAAUUGAAUUUUCUUCUUCUUUUCUCUAUAUGAGGGAAUGUAAGGAUUAUGGUUUUGGUGUAAAGCUUGUUAAUUAAUGGUUUUAAAUAGUUAGAGAUGUUUCAUGGCUAUGUACUACUCUUUUAGAUUUAUUAUGCAAAAU